UUGCCCCUCGGGGUAGGCUUCUCCCGCUCUGGUCCGCCCAAACAUGGCGGCCGCCUUGGCAUCCCCGUGCCCGACCCGCAGGGCAUCCGGACCCCGCGCUCGGCCCCGCCAGCCGUCCCUGGAGUCUCCCAGGUUGCCGGGGCGGUGGGGGCGGGGCACUACGCAUGCGUGGGCCUUUGCGGGGGCGCAGGAGACAUGCCCCCCGCACCCCCGCUCCCAUCCCGCCUGCGCCUCCCGGCGACGCCGCUUUGCGGGCUCACGGGAUCCCCAACGAUUUCCGCUUGAUGGCAGUAGAGCACCACGUAUGCCAAGCGGCCCUUCCUCCUGGGCCUCUCCCUCCGCCCUUUGCCAAAGAAAAAAGGCCAAGCCGUGUCCACCCUGGCUCCAGCAUGGCGGCCCCCAUGUUUCUCCUCCUCUGGCUCUCGUGGGCCGAGCUCGUGAGGUUACCGGGAGCGGGGAGCCUCGCUCCUCUCUGGCUCCCCUUGACCGGCCUGGCAUCCAAAGCCCAAGGGCGAGGCUCAGCGAGCCCCAGCCAGGGUCCCCGAGGCUCCCGGCAGUGGCCUUGAACCCAUCCGGGGCUCCAUCUUGGCCCGCGCGGGAGACACGCUCUUCUGGUGCCGGGCCCAGAACCCCAGCCACGCCCCGCCGGUCCCUGCCCGAGCCUCAGUCAGGACUCCCCGAGAGGCCAGCCUCACCCCGAGGCCUCCGAGCGCCCAGGAACAAAGGACAGCGGCGGUGGCGCGGCCCGCGGGCACCCGCCGAGGGGUCAACAGCGAGGUCCACCUCCCGCGGCCGGGGGAUGGAAGGUUCCCGGGCACCGGGCCCUUCACCGCGGCCUCCGACUCUGGACAGCUCCCGCGGGAGGGGCAGCGCCCACGCGCUCCCUUGCGCUCCAGGACCCGGGCCAUUCCCAGGCCACGGGUACUCCAGGUCAACGCAAACACUGCAGCUCCUCCUUUCCCGUCAAUCGGCCCAGAGGCCACGGUGCACACCUCACGGUCACAUCCACGGCACCCUGACCACCAGGCUCUCCCGUGCCUGGGGCACUGGAGAAGCCAGAAGUACCGCAAACACGCACGCACGCACGCGCGCGCGCACACACUCACAUCUUCUCUCUCACACACACCACAAAGACGCGCGGAAACACCCUUGGGGUCUCGCAAAACGCACGCUCGCACUCCUUCCCAUGAUCUCACGGGCGCGCGCGUGCACACACGCUCACACUCACACACACACACACACACACACACACACUCGGCGUCCCCCGGAAAGAAUAGAGAUCAUGGCUGGAUGUCACCCUUUCGGUCCUAGGGACGUGGACUACAGGCUCCACUCACCUGUGCAGGUGAAUGAACGACAUCUGUCUCUACUGCCCUCCGAUUGCCCAAGGGCAGAAGGGUGCACCUGUCAUCCAGGCGGACCUCUCUCCCUGCUCUCAGUGCAGCUUCCACCCUUAGGGACCAUUUCGGCUCUCUGCCCUGCAAACCGCAGGGGCUGCCUCUCCCCAGAAGUCUGGCCUGAGAAGCUCACCACCUCAUUCUUGCUAGGACAGCAGUGGAUAUUCCGUCCCACCCGUGGAAAGCAACACCCCAGCCCCCUCGCAACAAAUGCCUCCCCCCUUCAACACACACCACCACCAUCACCACCACCACCACCGGGCUCCAGGCCUGGAGGGUCCUUCCGGUCCUUUCCCACCUGUCACUCCUACCCAUCCUUUCUGAAGGACACAAACCCUGCUCCCGUGGGAGACUCACGCCCAAGGACUAAGGGUUGGCCGCGCCUGCACGGAAGGGGAGAACGGACCGGCACCCGAGGGGCCACGUUCUGUGAUCUUGGAGCCCAGCGUUCGGGAAAGGGAUGUCAUCUCUGCAAGACAUCCCCGCACGGGCCCAGAAGGACGUGCUCCGAUGCCACGGGUCCAGGCCCUCAGCUUCCGGCCGCCCCGGGCGCCCACUCGAAGGAACUAGGGCGGCCGUGGGCCCGCGGGCCCGCGCUCGACUCCUCUGAGGCGAGCUUCACCUGGAUCCGCCUCAAGUCCAGAGGGUCUUCCCGGACACUCUCCCCUGCCCGGCCCCGCAAGCCGGCUGGCAGACAGUUCGCUCCGGCGCUCCACCCGCCGCCGCCAACUCCGCCACUCCGCCGUCCAGUCCUGCCCUGCCACGCGAAACCACAGUCUCCACUCUCCGAGGUCGGCCACCCACUCUAGGGAUUCCCUCCUGGCCACAAAGUAAAGGCCUGAGCACCCUCAGAGCCGCAGGUGGGAGCCACGGAAGACCGCCAAGGCGGGAUGCGCCGCCUCGCCAAGGAAGGGCCUGGCUCCCAAGUUGGGACGGCCGGGGUGGCGCCAAGGGAGGGUAACGCGGGGGCCCCCGAUCUC